UCCAGGACAGACAUUCAGGCAGAGCAAGCUCCAAGUUUCACCACAAUGCUCAUCCUUGCCUCCCCACUCCACCCACCUCUGCCUUCUUUACUGCUGUAUCUGCUGCUUGAACUGGCAGGAGCCACACAUGUGUUCCAUGUGCAACAAACGGAGAUGUCACAGACUGUAUCAACUGGGGAGUCAAUCAUCUUGAGUUGCAGCGUACCAGAUACCUUACCAAAUGGACCUGUCUUGUGGUUCAAGGGAACAGGGCCAAACCGGAAAUUAAUCUACAAUUUCAAACAAGGUCACUUUCCCAGAGUAAAAGAGAUUGGAGACACCACCAAGCCUGGCAACACAGACUUUUCCAUCCACAUCAGUGAAAUCUCUCUUGCUGAUGCUGGCAUCUAUUAUUGCGUGAAGUUCAUAAAAGGGAGAGCUAUCAAGGAGUACCAAUCAGGUCGGGGCACUCAGGUGUUUGUUACUGAGCAGAAUCCAGGACCUCCCCAGAACAGACCUAUAGGCAGAGCAGGCUCCAGGGCCCACCACGAUGCCCGUCCCUGCCUCUCGGCCCUGCCUGAGAGAAACAACACAGACUAUUUCAUCCAUCCCUGCUGCUGCCUCUGGCUGCUGGGACUCACAGGCUUGCUGUCAAAAUAAUCCAAAUAGGGAAGAAACGUACAAGUAAAUAACAAAAGCCCCCAUACUCAUCUGGCUCCCUGGAGAUAGCUACUUUUUAGGAGUUUCAUUUGCCUUCUUCAAGAGAGCUUUCUUCCACUGACAUAAAAUGCCAGCUUGAUCGUACAAUAAAUCUGUCUAUUUACUUGGGUCCA